CUAGUUGUAGAACACGCCUUUGACUGUCCAAUUGAAAUUUCUUAUUGUCUUCAAAUUCACAUUCAAGUUUCCAUAUAUUAUAAUCAAAUUCAUUCAUUCCAUUUCCACCGACUUCUAACUUCUAUUUGAAAUUCCCAUUUCUCUGGUUUUGGAAUUGCGUGACACGCAAUCUUCCCUUGUUCUAUAUUCAAGGAGACAAAUUCGUGUAUUGUAUUGUGUUGUAUCGCCGGUGAUUGAUUCCUAAUGGCGGCGGCGGAAGAGAUCAGCAAAAACGACAACGCCGGAUUAUCAUCUUCCAAAACCAAAAGCUUCUGGUCAUGGCCUUCUUCUCUCCGUUGGAUUCCAACUUCCACUGAUCAUGUCAUCGCUGCCGAGAAGCGCCUUCUUUCCAUUAUCAAGACUGGGUAUGUUCAAGAGCGUGUUAAUAUAGGUUCUGGUCCUCCGGGGUCUAAAGUUAGAUGGUUCGGUUCAUCGAGCAAUGAGCCGCGGUUUAUUAACACAUUUACAUUUGAUAGUAAACCUGAUGCUCCCACGCUUGUAAUGGUUCAUGGAUAUGCUGCUUCUCAGGGAUUCUUUUUUCGUAAUUUCGAUGCGCUUGCUGCUCGUUUCAGAGUCAUUGCUGUUGAUCAACUCGGGUGGGGUGGAUCAAGCAGGCCUGAUUUUACAUGCAAAAGCACUGAAGAAACUGAGGCAUGGUUCAUUGAUUCUUUUGAGGAAUGGAGAAAAGCAAAAAACCUGACCAAUUUCAUACUACUUGGACAUUCUUUUGGUGGUUAUGUUGCUGCCAAAUAUGCGCUCAAGCACCCAGAGCAUGUACAACACUUAAUUUUGGUAGGGCCUGCUGGAUUUACUACAGAAUCAGAUAAAGCCACCGAGUUUAUUACAAAGUUUCGAAAAACAUGGAAGGGAGCAGUAAUGAACCAUCUAUGGGAAUCUAAUUUUACACCAUUAAAAAUUGUCAGAGGUAUUGGUCCUUUGGGUCCUACCAUGGUUCGCAAGUAUACGAGUGCUAGGUUUGGUACACAUUCAACCGGGGAGGUACUGACUGAAGAGGAAUCAAAAUUGCUGACAGAUUAUGUUUACCAUACAUUAGCGGCCAAAGCUAGUGGGGAGCUGUGCUUAAAAUAUAUUUUUUCAUUUGGAGCAUUUGCUAGGAUGCCCCUUCUUCUCAGUGCCUCAGAGUGGAAGGUGCCCACCACUUUCAUAUAUGGUUUCCAAGACUGGAUGAAUUAUGAGGGUGCCCAAGAAACUCGCAAGAAUAUGACGGUUCCAUGUGAAAUCAUCAGGGUACCUCAGGCUGGGCACUUUGUGUUCAUUGAUAACCCAUCUGGCUUCCAUUCAUCUGUGUUUUAUGCAUGUAGAAGGUUUUUUACACCAGAUCCAGACAGUGAAUCUCUUCCUGAAGGGCUAACCUCUGCAUAGCAAAGGGUAUAGUUGUGUAAUUUGUACCAAUUGAUCCUUCCUGUAUUAUUUUAUAUUUUUUUACUGGUUAAAUUUUAUAGUGGAAUGAGGGGGGGAGGGGGGGGUGUAAUAGUAAUUUUAAAAGAAAAUGAUUUGUAGGAGAAAUUAUUUCAUUAAUGAAACAUGUUAUGAAUUCAAAGCUUGUGGUGUAUGCGACAAAUUAAUGCUGUAAAAUGUAAAUAGGUUAUAGGGUCAAUUAACUGUAGUAGUAUAAGAUCGAAUAUUUUCACGAGAGAAACAUCUUCUGAUUUUUGUGAGGUCCCCCACAAUCACAAUCUUCUGCUGUGACUCAGAGUUUGCCCGGGUUAAAAA